UUCACGCUUUACACACUUAGUUCCGCCCCCCAGUCGACUACAGGCAUUUGUAUGCUGAUGUGUCCGUACUGGAAUAUAGAUGUCUCUCGCCAUCAGUCGCUAGGAACACACAAAUACGAUGCGUCCACUAUGAACGCGAAAUAUGCUCUUAGAGUUUUAUCAUCUGAGGUCAAUGGAGGCACCGCAGGAAACUCAUCUGUAAGAAUAAAGCCUAGAUUUAUUCAGUGAUGUUUCUCUAUAUGUUACACAACUGAUGUUCCUCGUUAUGGAAAACAAAGAGUGAAAGACAAAAGACUGCCAGUUUAAACCACGGUCGACUCCUGUGAAGUAGAAUUCAAAGCCACGUCACGCCAUCAAGAUGUUCUCCGCUCUGAAGAAGCUGGUCGGUUCGGAGGCUCCUGUCCAGCAGCGGGAGAAGAACAUUCCUGCAGGACUGCAGUCCAUGAAUCAGAGUCUGCAGAGACGAUUUGCCAAAGGCGUCCAGUACAACAUGAAGAUCGUGAUCCGUGGGGACAGGAACACAGGGAAGAGCACACUGUGGCAGCGUCUACAGGGAGGGAAGUUCCAGGAGGAGUACAUCCCUACGCAGGAGAUCCAGGUCACCAGCAUCCACUGGAACUACAAGACUACUGACGACGUGGUGAAAGUGGAGGUCUGGGACGUUGUGGAUAAAGGCCAAAAAAUCCCUCUUCCUGAAGGUGUAGGCAGGGGGAAAAAGCGAGCAGACACCCUGAAGCUAGAAAAUGAUCCUCAGGAGGCUGAGAACGAGAUGGCCCUGGACGCUGAGUUUUUGGACGUCUAUAAGAACUGUAACGGCGUCAUCAUGAUGUUUGACAUCACAAAGCAGUGGACUUAUAAUUACAUUUUGCGGGAGUUGCCCAGAGUGCCGACCCACGUGCCGGUGUGUGUGCUGGGUAAUCAUCGGGACAUGGGCGAGCAUAGAGUCAUCCUCCCUGAUGACAUCCGAGACUUCAUCAACAGCCUCAACAGGAUGGAGGAAACCAGAGAGCCUGGAAGAACCCACGCAGACAGAAACGGAGCUCAGGACCGAAUCAGGGACACCGAUGCUGUCGUGACUCCUGAGCCACUUGGUUCUUCCUACAUCCACUACGCCGAGUCUUCCAUGAAAAACGGUUUCGGACUCAAAUACCUCCACCGAUUUUUCAACAUUCCUUUCUUGCAGCUUCAGAGAGAGACGCUGUUACGGCAGCUGGAGACCAACCAACUGGACAUCGAUGCCACACUGGAGGAGCUGACUGUCCAGCAGGAGACCGAGGAUCAAAACUACGAAAUAUUUUUAGAGAUGAUGGAAGCGCGUGCUAAAGGCCACAGAUCUCCCACCGACGCUAACGGUCAGAGCCCCUCGUCAGGCUCACAGUCCCCUGUGGUCCCAGCCGGUGCCAGCUCAACAGGCAGCUCCAGCCCCGGCACUCCACAGCAACCCCCCGUCAUCGGGCAGAACCCGCAGUUACCCUCCACCUCACCGCCUGUGGAUGCUCAGAUACCCGUCUCUCUUCCUCCAGCUUUCGUUCCGUCUCCGUCUCCUGCUCAGCAGCUGCAGAAACGCAGUUUUAUCUCCAGGCUGUUUGGCUCCACUGCUGCCCCUGAGACACCCACUUCUGUCCUCGAGACGGAGCCUGCCGCGUCACGGACCCCGGUCACGGUGCAGUGUGUGGACGACUUUGUGCCAGACGAAGGACUGGAUAAGAGUUUCUUAGAAGACAGCGUCGCCUCCAGCGCCAAACACGGCAUGAACAUCCAGCCCCAGCCGACCGCGAUGGACAGCGACAGUGACGGAGAAGGAAGAGGAGGGAACCCCAUGGUGGCAGGGUUUCAGGACGAUCUGGACCCCGACGAUGCUGCGCCCAUGCAGCAGCCAAGAUCCUCUGUCCCGAGUAAUGAUCUAAACAUCACCUUAUCCAGCGACGACGAAGAGACUGCAGCCAAACCUGUCGUGUCUAAAGAUGAAGAUCUGGAUAUCCAACUGGAAAGCCACCUGGAUGACUUCAGCUCUCUGGUGCUGGAGGAAAAACCCAAUCCCGUAAAGUCCCUGCCUUCAGUUCAGCCUCCGAUGAUCACAGAGCCUUCGAUCCUCACACCAACUCCUGUGCACGUCUCACACAAUCCGCACACACACUCGCCUUCCAAGCGGGGGAAAGCGAAAGGGCCUCUUUCUCAGGGAGGCGAAUCCUCCGAUACGGACCCCGAGGCUCCAGUGGCUCAGCAGAUGCUCUCCUUCGUUAUGGACGACCCCGAUUUCGAGAGCGAGGAGGACCUUGUGCAGAAAGACAAAAAGGACGGCGUCCGUAUCAGGUCCGACCUUCCAGACCUCUCGGACGACGAGCUCGUCCCUACCGAGCCGCUAAAAUCCACCGGACUCUCCUUCAAACACAAGAACGAAAGCGACCUUUUCGGCCUGGGCUUCGAGGAGAAAAGCGUUAAGAGCAAAGAGAGCAGCGACGAACAAGACGAAAAAGAAAGCAAGCACUCCACAAAAGAAAAGAAGAAAAAGAAGAAGAAGAGUAAAGAGGAUGAGGAGAAAAGCAUGAAGAAGAAGAAACACAAGAAGAAGGAGCGUGAGGAACCAGAAGGAGCCGGAGACGAGAAAGAGAAGAAAAAGAAAAAGUCCCGGAGCAGGAAAGCAGGAGAUCUGGAUGAUCUGGAGGCCUUCCUGGCUGGAGGAGCAGCAUCAGAAAAGAGAGAGGAAGGCGACUAUGAGGAGCUCUAGAGGAUGAAGCACGGCGGAUUUCUUUCUUUUUUUUUUUUUUUUUUUUAAUAAAACCUGCACUUCUGGUCUCGACAUGUCAUCGGCAUAUCAGCAGCGCAGUUCUCAACCUGGUCUGGUGUGUGGUGUGUGUUAAACAGUGAGAUGAUGUUAAAAGCCACUCUCGGGCUCUCGUGUAUCAUUUCCACCACGGAGGGGGGGGGAGAGAACAGACUCCCGUCACUCCGGCUGCAAUAAGUGGAGAAGCCGUCGAGAUCUCCUGCAUCCUGCAUCAAACUUUUUUCCAGGGUGAAGAAUCGACUGGCUACUUGCUUUCUACUGUAUCUGCCUUUUUCUGUUUUUCUUUUUUCCAUGUCCACUCCAGAAGUGAAUCAUUCGCCAUUGAUUUAGUAGCUGUUUUUUUUUUUUUGUAGGCGUGUGCUGAUAAUACAGGGGUUUAGGCAUAUUUCACAAUAUUGUUGACUUCAUUCUUUGCAAAUUAUGCAAACUCGUGUAUGUGGUCAUUCCGAGAGAUUCGCGUAGGCUUAGUUCCUCACAAAUUCAAAAUAAUGCUUUCAAAGGAAAUUAAGUAAUUAACGUUAUUUACCGCAUUAGCUAACGAUCAGACCUUUAGCCGGAACGAACCAGAAAUCGGACAAAACCAACCAGGAAGGAAGGAAUCGAAAGCUUAAAGCACGGUGUUCUAGGAACAUAAUCAAUGCACCGAUUUAGAUUUAAAAGUAAAGCGGUCUUAACAUCGAGUCCUGAGGUACACCUGCUGUUUCCUACACACGUUCUACUGACAUUUCUGUUAAGUGUUGCAUUUUAGCAUGACAAAUUACAGCGUAAUACUAAGUCAUACUGCGGUUACACUUAUGGUAAAUUUCCAACCUCUGAUUAGGACAAAUUUAUGAAAACAUCACCUCGGUUUGGAAAUUGAAAUGGCUCCUCGGGGCAUCAGCUUUAAAUGACUGUUAACUUUAACACCUUAACUUGAACUAUUAACACCUUAAUUUUCCUGUUUUGAGGGGCUAACGUUGCUAUGUCGCUCACAAUAACACUGUAACGUUGCUGGCGAGAUUUUCGCUAACAUAAACAACCAUCAAAACAUCGACGUUUUCUCUUUCUUUUAUGUUAUAUUGAAUGCGUCGUUACUACGUGCUUGAAUAUCAAACAUGCAAAGCAUUUUCCAAAAAUUACACGUAAAUUUUGUAAUUUUUUUUUUUAUUAUUAUUUCAUUCGAUAAAUCCUAACUAGCGACGACAACAUUGUGAAAAUAUCAGGAGCUAAAGCGUAAUAUCGGCACGUGCCUACUCGAUCAUAAACGCAUGACUCUUCCGGUCGGUGUUCAUGCAUGGCUUAGCGUUCUUUACUUACAUUUAGUUUUGGUGUAUAAUGUACGUGACGUGUGCUGUGUACUGUACUUUCUUGCCUGUGUAUUUUGUUUCUCCAUUUUCCAAAAAGACGUUCUUGUAGAUUUCAUUUGGAAUGAUAUGGACUUGCGAGGAUUUAUUAUUAUUAUUAUUUUUUUUAAAAAUGUGAUUCUCUGCUACUGGUUACUGCUAAAAUUAUUGGAAACCUAAACCUGUUUUAUAGGAAUAGUUCAGCCAAAAAUGCUAAAAAUGUACAAAAAAUAAAACACCUUUACUUCAGAUCAUCGCUAGUCGAUCAGCCAGGAGAAAAUUAGCUUAAAUUCUUUAGAUUUGCGCUGUCCUGGCUAACAAGUAAUGAAAGAAAAAUCGCACACAAAGUAACUCAUAUCACAGCUAAUAAAUAAUUAACGGUGGUCUGAUUUUGGAACGGAUCGACAUCAAGAUACGACGACUAGCUACAAAUGUAUUUCGAUUUUAUUUUAGUAAUCGUGUGACGCGGUAGCUCGAAGUAGCUUCUCUUAUUUGUUAUCGAUGUUGCAAAACUAAAAAAAAAAUAAAUUUCUUCAGACGUUUUUGGCUGAACUUUGUUCAGAAUUUGCUCGGCUCUCAGGUCGGUCAGCAUUCUGAAAUAUAUGUGGAGGUAUUUCAGACAUCCGGGCCACGGUCAAGUCAAGUCAAGUCAACUGCACUACCUGUAUAUAAAUAUGUUUUUAGUCACUAACGGUCGAGUCUAACGGGAAUUCUUUGUACUACCAAACACCAUAACAAACAAGUCAGAAAGGAUACGAGACGUUAAAUAGUCCCAUCCUUUGGUGAGACAUCAAACCGAGAGACGUUUUCUCCGUCGGCUCGGUCGUAGUCGAUCAGCCGACAUGCGUUUCGUUUUACUAACGGCUUUAUUUCCUAUUUCUUAAUUUACAUCGUUAUGUCCAAACAUUUUUCGCCCACGGUGACAUUUUGUUUAUGUUUAAAAGAUGAAAAUAAUGCUGAAUCGUCAUGGUUACAGUUGUGGAAUUUGUGUGUUGAGCUGCACCGCUAGUCAGUCUGAGCUAAUUCCUGAAAUCUUUUGUUACACAGACACAUUUACUCCGUCACCUGUGCGUUAAUUCGUAACACCCGAUACUAAGUCAGUCAACAGCGCAAAGUGGAUCCGUUUGAUUCUGAACGAUUUGCAUUGAAUGACAGGUCGAUUGUACAUUUAUAUGUAAUUUGAAGGUUUAUCAUGCCAGUUUGUUUAUCACGCAUAGUUCACACACUCUGUGUCUUUCUGUAUACCGGGAUGAUUAAAGAUCACUUCCGCUAGAUGGCACCAGAUUUCAAAAUCCAACUUAAAUUCUAACAUUUAAACCGUUCGACCAACUGUUUCCUUUUCCAUCUCUCCUCCGUCGUCAUGAACCGUGUCUUUAAUCCGAACAUCUCGACUUACAGUUCAAAAGCGUUUGAUAAAGCAGGAAAUAAAACGUGUGGACGCGUGUCGGCUCAUCCGCUAGAUUCGAGUGGAUUUAAUAUAGGGGUUUAUUUUUAUUAUACCGUUAAACCUCUUGCCCUCCGUAGCUGCUUCAGAGAAGGUCUGAAAAUGACCACUGUGGAUUAAAUCAUCAUCACGUAGGUAGGAAAGAAGUGUGAGAUCUUUCAGAAACACUGCAGUUCCAAAGACAUUUACAUUUCAGAUUUGAUGUGGUGAUGUGAGUUUUGCUUUUUCUGAUUCUCAGAAACAUUCUGCAUCACUGAGGACCAGUGGAGACACUUAUUAUUAUUAUUAUUAUUAUUAUUAUUAUUAUUAUUGUUGUUAUUGCUUUACUCCCUUAAUGCUUGAGACCAAACCUUGGUAAGUGCAAUGAAUGUUUCAUCUUUUUUUCUCUCUCUCUUGUGCUCUCUCUCUCUCUCUCUCUCUCCCUCUCUCUCUCUCUCUCUCUCUCUCUCUCUCUCUCUCUCUCUCUCUCUCUCUCUCUUUUUUUUUUCAUUGUUUUCUUUGCAAUGUUUUUGUGAUGAUUUUUUUUGGAACACUCCAAGAGACUCAAGAAAGAAAACUGUGCAUAAUGAAUUGAAUUGAAAACGACAGACACGCACACAGCUUUGGCUUUCGUAAGAAACAGCACUUUUGAACAGACCCACACUCACGACUGGCUUCCUGUCCGAAUUCAUACGACGUUAAACUGUGUGCGAAAACAAAACACAAAUAUAGCACGGACUUUCCUCCAUCAA